AUGCCUUACUGCGAAGGCUACCGCUACCUGUUGACAUGCGUGGAUCGAUUCUCCCGCUGGCCAGAGGCUAUCCCGAUGGAAGAUCAAGAGGCCGCUACAGUUGCUCGUAAUUUUUAUGCACACUGGAUAGCUCGUUUUGGGACUCCGUUACGCAUUACGGCGGACCAAGGAAAACAAUUUGAGUCGCACCUGUUUAGGGAAUUGAACGCUCUAACAGGUACGACCCAUUUAAGAACAACGGUAUACCAUCCAGAAGCGAAUGGGAUGGUUGAAAGGCUUCACCGUCAGUUGAAAGCAGCGAUCAAGUGCCACCGCACCGCUAAGUGGACCGAAACCCUUCCAACCGUCAUGCUAGGGAUUCGAUCAGCCUGGAAGGACGAUCUGCAAUCCACCGCCGCAGAAAUGAUAUACGGUGAACCCCUACGCCUUCCAGGCGAAUUCCUAGCUAUAACAACGCCAGAAACCAGCACCACAUCGGAGUUUGUACAACAACUGCGGCAAUACGUACAACAUUUACAACCCGUACACGGCACCAGGCACGGCGAGAGGACACCGUUCAUCUUCAAGGAUCUCGCAAUCACAAGCCAGGUGUUUGUGCGCCAUGACGGACCAAAAGGACCACUUCAGCAGCCGUACGAUGGUCCAUUCAAGGUUAUAUCACGAGCGGAAAAAACGUUCGUGGUAUGCAUUCGCGGGAAGAACGUCAAGAUAGCGAUAAACCGUCUAAAACCUGCGUACGUUGUUGCCGACCUGGACGACUACAACACCAACGACGAGAGGACCAUUGAGAUCCAACAAACUCCGAUCGUUCCAGAGCAUCCGGCCACCUCACCGCCACCCGUACCGGAAGUACCACCAAUUGCGAAACUACCAGUCCAGCAGUCGCAGCCGACGUCAUCGCCACAAAGAACAACGCGAUCAGGACGCCGUGUCCGAUUCCCAGAUCGCCUACAAGUCGGGUUCUCGUGA